AUGCCGUACAAUAUUGCGUACAGUCACAUAUAUCAGCUCUCGAGUAAACUCAUAGAUCGGGGCCAUAAGGUCAUUAUCGUGACACAUGCAUAUGCUGGUCGAACAGGUGUGCGAUACCUCACGAAUGGGCUCAAAGUUUAUCACGUCCCCUUUUGGGUGAUAUAUCGGGAGACGACAUUCCCUACUGUCUUCUCAUUCUUCCCUGUCUUUCGAAACAUCGUCAUCAGGGAGCAAAUUGAAAUUGUGCAUGGACAUGGCAGCUUAAGCAAUCUCUGCCACGAAGCAAUCUUACAUGCGCGGACGAUGGGUCUGAGGACGGUGUUCACUGAUCAUAGUCUGUUCGGCUUCUCAGAUGCAGCAAGUAUACUUACAAAUAAGUUGCUAAAAUUUACUUUAAGCGAUGUGGAUCACUGUAUCUGCGUCAGCCAUACUUGCAAAGAAAACACCGUCUUGCGAGCCUCUCUGGACCCUUUAAUGGUGUCCGUCAUUCCGAAUGCAGUUGUCGCGGAGAACUUUCAACCCCUGGAGCAUGCUUCUUCCCACGAUGCACCGGGCCCACCGCAUCGCUUUGGACCACAUGACAUUAUCAAGAUUGUAGUCAUUUCGCGUCUGUUCACUAACAAAGGCACCGAUCUCCUGGUUGCCGCCAUACCCCGCAUUCUUGCUUCAAACCCCAACGUGCGAUUUAUUAUCGCAGGCAGUGGGCCUAAAGCUAUUGAUCUUGAACAAAUGAUAGAAAGGAAUGUCUUACAAGAGAAGGUCUUGCUAUUUGGCCCAGUUAGGCACGAAGAGGUCAGGGAUGUAAUGGUACAAGGGCAUAUCUAUCUUCAUCCAUCUCUCACAGAAGCCUUCGGAACUGUCAUUGUUGAGGCUGCAUCCUGCGGCCUUUACGUAGUCUGUACGCGCGUUGGAGGUAUACCAGAAGUCUUACCGCGCCAUAUGACCGAAUUUGCGGCCCCUGAGGAGGAUGAUAUUGUUGCUGCAACUGAGCGCGCAAUUGCUGCUUUGAGGGCGGGCAAGGUCCGAACGGAGCUUUUCCACAACCAAGUCAAGCAGAUGUACUCGUGGACAGAUGUUGCACAGCGCACAGAAAGAGUCUACGAUGGUAUCAGCGGCGCCCUUAGCCAUGAUGAAUUCUACCAGGGUGCUGGAGCUGGUGGUGCUUGGAGUGCAACUCGAGGACGUGCCGGCGUACAGAGCUUCGCGCUCAUCGAGAGACUGAAGCGAUACUACGGCUGCGGAAUCUGGGCCGGCAAAUUGUUCUGCCUAUGUGCAAUCAUAGAUUAUCUGUUAUACGUAUUCUUGGAAAUCUUUGCGCCCCGAUCUGGUAUCGAUAUUGCAAGGACAUGGCCGAAGAAAGACCCAGUCAGGAAGGAGGUAGACACUGGGAUGGCCCGGAAGAAAAGCUCGAGACACCGCCGGGAGAAGAGAGAAGAGUGA